ACGAACAUCUGAGCAUUGUUUAUCAAUUAAAAUUGGCGGGAUUGUCUCAGUAAUUACUGGCAAUUGCUUCAUAAACCUUCAGGAAAGCUCGUCAUGGCGAGUGCAGGGAAAUUGCAACCGGUGAAGGUCGCUGAACUCCUGGGGCACCCAAAAAGUGCUGGAAAAGAGUCAGUGUCAGAGCGCAAGAAAAUGGAGCCUGUGAGGAUAAAACAACUGCUGGAGUCCACCUCGAAGUCCUGUUCUCGCUCUACUGAUCGCGUCACUCGGCCCACGUUCUUAAUCCCAGGGAAAGGUGUUCGUCGGAAGCUGUACGACCGCUCGCCCUCCCCGCGCACCAGUAGACCCUCAAUCUGUCCCCCGAAGUGGACGCGCCCCUCGACCCGCGCCUCAGCAAUCGCCCCCAAAAACCCCUCCCGCAUGACCCUCCUGCCCCCUUCGAAAGCCCGACAGUCCCUCCUCCCCCCUCAUCCCUCAAAACCCUCGACAAAGCCUCGAAAAAGCUUCCUCCUCCCCCCGAAUUCCAUCGUGAAGCAGCACAUGGAGAAGUCCUUCCACGAAAAAACAAUCCUGGAGGCGUCCCUCAUCAUCACGGAAGAAAAUCCCCAGGAUAACCCCCAGGAAACGGUGAGACUCGAGCGGCCAACAGUGAUAAUUCGCUCGCAAUCGUCGAAGAAGGCUCAGAAGCCCUCGGAACCUCCCCCCGAGGACCUCGACGCGACCUUCUCCAAGGACUCAGACUCCCCGGAGGACCUGGAGAAGUCACUGGAGAAUAAAGAAAACAUUCCCCCACCUGUCGAGCCCUCCACGCAGCCCCUGGCCGAGUCGAAGUCCGUUAAACUCGAUUCGGAGCUGCCCCAGGAGAUACUGAGACGUCUCGAGAAGAUAGAAGUGGCCAUCGAGGAGAUCAGAACCACGCAGAAUCGCAAACUACAGACCGUGGAGCAAAUCUACGAUUUUUUGAAGAGUUUAAUUGAAGGGAAGAGAGAGAAUUCCAAAGUUUUGGCGACUCUCGAUCGGGUUUUGGAUAAGGAAAAUUUGGUUUCUGGGAGCAGAUCCAGGAGACGGUCCAAGGCCUCCCCUGGGGAGCGCAGGCGAUCGGCUAGGAUUGCCGAGAGGCAGAGUAAUGACCCUGAUGACAGCUUUUCGAUGCUCGAGGAGAAGCUCAACGUGAAGUCCACUGGGAAAAGUACGAAGGUCGUGACGCCAGGGAAGAAGACUCCGGUGCACGAUCAGUUCAUGAGGCGCAGGUGCAAGAGUGAAAGGGCGUUGAGGGAGUACCUCGCGAUGAAGGCGAGCAUGAGUUAUCUGGAGACCCCGGAGGCUGGAAAGCUCAGGGAAAUGCAGGGGGUGAACACUCCUUCUGGGAAGAAAAGCCUGAGGAGGUCGAUAUCGAGAAAAGUCUUUGAUGAACUGGAGGAUCUUUACAGCGAUGAUAUCGAGUAGAGGAUUAUUUUGUCGAAGCAUUGAUUGACUCUAAAGAUUAAUUUAAGGAGAUUUAUAUCUAUUGAGAGGCAAUGGAGCUUACCAUCGGAGUAGUAACUAGAUUUCAAGUUUUUUCGUCGUCAGACGACUAUUCAAAAAAACACAAACACGCUCACAUUAUCAAUAAUCUUGGUAUUUAUAAUGUAAGAAAUUGGAACCCAAUUUCUACUCCGAUGGUAAGUUCCAUUACCUCUUGAAAGUUUAAAAAAAUUCGGAAUAGGUUUUUAUAUUUUUGUAAGGACUAGGCAAGAGUUGGGAGGAUUUUCUGUAUAAAUUGCAUUUUUAUGAACAAUAAAAGCAUCAGAAUAAGAAUA